UGAGAGAGGGAGAGAGAGAGAGAGAGAGAGAGAGAGAGAGAGAUGCAGAAAACUGGAACACGCCGACGUUUAAAGCUCAAUGCAGCGUUUUAGAACAGGAAUGCUUUUGGUCUGAACUCGAAAAAAAUCGAAUUAGUAAAUCCGGUUUAUUUUUGUUUGGUUUAUUUCUUUAUUUUUCUCACACCUGCGGAUUCUUGUGCAGGAAUAUUAAAUCAAUCGGAUAUCGUGUUGUGUGUAUUGUUCUUUACAGUACAGUACACACCAUGCUGAAGUUCAUCUCCGCGCAUAAAUAAACGAUGCAGUGACUUUUUAAGCAUUGAAGCGCGAGCAGGAAACGAGGACGCAUCACGAUGUCCCAAGCCGAAGUGCACGCGGCAGGUCUCGCGUUCCCCAAACUGCCCUCCAGCUUCGACGCCGAUUCGUUCCUCUCCGCUCGUCUGUCGCUCAGGCGGCGGAGACACUCGGCGAGCUCGAGGCGGAACGCGUUCCGGUUUAACAAAAUGCCCACGGCGGAUGAGAGCACCGGCUCGUCCCGCGAGCGCGUCUCACCUCUCCUGAGCAAAACCCUCUCCUGGUCAGCGGACGAUAUUUCGUCGGCAGAGCAGAAAAAGAACAAGAAAAAUAGCAGCGCAGGAGAAACACCGGCUUCUGGAGCUGCAGCGGAGACGCAUUGCGCGCGCUUGUCCCGUUCCAGCUCGAGCUCUCCUCCGCGCGGAGCGCAGCGACAAUCCGGCAGCGCCGCCGCGACGGGCUCGAGCUCCACAGCGCCACACGGCAGCACCGACUCCGAGGAGGAAUGUACGCCCAAGAAAGCACCCGAGAUCAACAAGUGGGAGCAGGAGAAAGAGGACGAGGUGGAAACCAAAGCGGUGGCCACUUCACCGGACGGGAGGUUCCUCAAGUUCAACGUGGAGAUCGGGAGAGGUUCCUUUAAGACCGUCUACAAAGGACUGGACACCGAGACCACUGUGGAGGUCGCAUGGUGCGAGCUACAGACCCGGCGACUGAGUAAAGCAGAGCGUCAGCGCUUUAGUGAAGAGGUUGAGAUGCUGAAGGGGCUACAGCACCCCAACAUUGUUCGUUUCUACGACUCAUGGAAGUCCACAGUUAAAGGCCACAAAUGUAUCAUCCUGGUUACUGAGCUGAUGACAUCAGGAACUCUGAAGACAUACCUGAAACGAUUUAAAGAGAUGAAGCUGAAACUUCUUCAGCGCUGGAGCCACCAGAUACUGAAAGGACUCCACUUCCUGCACACACGAACUCCACCCAUUAUCCACCGAGACCUCAAGUGUGACAACAUCUUCAUCACGGGUCCCACUGGAUCGGUCAAGAUCGGAGAUUUGGGUCUGGCCACACUCAAAAGUGCUUCCUUCGCCAAGAGCGUCAUUGGCACUCCCGAGUUCAUGGCUCCUGAGAUGUACGAGGAGAAGUAUGACGAGGCGGUGGACGUUUACGCCUUCGGGAUGUGCAUACUGGAGAUGACUACAUCAGAAUAUCCAUACUCAGAGUGCCAAAACGCAGCCCAGAUCUACCGCAAAGUCACCAGCGGCAUGAAGCCGGACAGUUUUUUCAAAGUGAAAGUGCCGGAGCUGAAGGAGAUCAUUGAGGGCUGCAUCCGAAUGAACAAGCAGGAGAGGUACACCAUCCAGGACCUGUUAGAACACCCCUUCUUCCAGGAGAACAACGGCGUCCACGUGGAGUUAGCUGAGGAGGACAACAUGGUGAAGUCCGGUCUAAAGCUCUGGCUUCGAAUGGACGACACCAAGAAGCUUCACGGCAAGUACAAAGACAACAACGCCAUCGAGUUCCUGUUUGAGCUCUACAAGGACGUCCCUGAGGAGGUGGCUCAGGAGAUGGUGGUGCUUGGUUUUGUGUGUGACGCCGACUACAAGCUGGUGGCUAAAGCCAUCCGUGACCGAGUCACCGCCAUCAAGCGUCAGCGCGAGAAGCUCCGCCGGCUGGUCGACGAGGAGCAGAAGAGGCGUCAGGACGAGGUGAUCGAGGAGGAACCCGAGACCGUUCCUGAAGCAGAACCUCGCGUGUCGAACCUCCAGUCUCUCCACCCGCAGAUGUCAGCAGAGAGCGGCGUGUUCAGCCCGGUCCAGAUGACCCCCACCGUGACCGUCUCCGCUCCUCUCCUGUCCACCGCUAACAGCUCCAUGGACUCAGGCAUUAACGCCAGCUUCACCACAGAGCCUGAGGAACCGGACACAGAGCACCAUGCACACUAUCACAUCCGCCAGGCCUGCUAUUCCUCCGCCACGUCUGAUUGUGAGACGGACGGCUACCUCAGCUCCUCCGGCCUCCAAGAGCCACUUGAAGCUCCGUGCCCCAUGUCAAGCUCCGCCCCUUCACUUACAGAACCGCCCACUGAACCGAUUAACGUUGUCAAACCAGUUGUUGAAGCUCCACCCACAGAAGCUUUGCCUGCAAAGGAUGAUCCAAUCCCAGCACUCCGCUUUCCCUCAAGCAUUGCCGUGUCCCACAAUUCUGAGCGAGUGCACUCCAGCGGUGCCAGCGGCUUCUCGUCUCCCGUCGACAGUUACGCCUCCGAUGUGACAUCAGGUUUGAGUGACGGGAACGAGGGCUUAUCAGAGAUGAGCAGCAAAGGUCCCAACAAACGCACAGGAAGUAAAUUGCUGAGGAAGAGAGCUCGCUCACGGCUGCGUAUUACAGGGUUGUCAGAUAAGGUGGACCGGGUGGUGGAGUGCCAGCUUCAAACUCACAACAGCAAGAUGGUGACGUUUAAAUUUGACCUGGAUGGAGACAAUCCUGAGGACAUCGCCACGGUUAUGGCGCAUAACGAGUUCAUCCUGCCAUCAGAGAAGGAGGGAUUUAUUCACCGCAUGAGGGACAUCAUUCGCCGAGCUGAAGCCCUGAUGAGGAAGGAGCCUUUAGAGCCACUCAUUCCUGGAAACAUCCUCCAAGUGCCCUAUCUGAGUGGAGCAGGAACUCUUUCAGGCUCUCAGCCCAACCUACACACCCAGGGGCUGGAACGCACACACUCGUCCUCCUCCCUGCCAGAUUACACUGCCGGUCAGGUAAUUCGAGGCCCCUCCCCUGGAGUGGGCGGAGACUAUUACCUCGAUCCUGAUGCAGCUGUACCUGUGCGUCCGCUCCGCUCACAGUCUUUCCACACCUCAGAUUACACGGCAAUAAAAGAGUAUCAGUUAACUCAAGGCCCCUCCCCCGGAGUGGGCGGAGACUAUUACCUCGAUCCUGCUGCAGCUGUACCUGUGCGUCCACUUCGCUCACAAUCUUUCCACUCCUCAGAUUACACGGCCAUAAACGGUGGUCAGGUAACUCAAGGCCCCUCCCCUGGAGUGGGCGGAGACUAUUAUCUCAAUCCCGAUGGGGGUGUACACUUGCAUCCAAUCCGAUCACAGUCUUUCCACACCUCAGAUUACACGGCAAUAAAAGAGUAUCAGUUAACUCAAGGCCCCUCCCCCGGAGUGGGUGGAGACUAUUACCUCGAUCCUGCUGCAGCUGUACCUGUGCGUCCACUUCGCUCACAAUCUUUCCACUCCUCAGCAGAUUACACGGCCAUAAACGUGGGUCAGGUAACUCAAGGCCCCUCCCCUGGAGGGGGCGGAGACUAUUAUCUUAAUCCUGAUGGGGGUGUACCCUUGCGUCCAAUCCGCUCACAGUCUUUCCACACCUCAGAUUAUACAGCUGUGAAUACAGGUCAGGUGACCCAAUGCUCCUCUCCUGGCUUGGGCAAAGACUUAUACCUGGACCCUGAUAUGGGACCUCCUGUCCGUCCACUUCGCUCUCAGUCCUUGCACACAUCAGGUUCGUCUCAGACCUACGUUCCUCCUACAUCCCAUUACCCACAAUACCCCAAACCUGAUUCCCUGCCCCUAUAUUCUAACCAGGUUGUGAUGCCCAGCAUGCCCCCUCAGUACCCCAACCCUCAAUACAUCCCCAAUCCAGCUUAUUCAUACCCCUUCAUGGUCAACCAGACUUCCCUUAAAGGCUCUAUUAACCCAGCACCAAACCCUGGCCCACAAACCCCCAGCAGCUCCAACCUCACCCCGUAUCCCACACCUAACACAACCCAGCACUCAGCAGGUGAUGUGGUCUCUCACGAGAUCAGCCAUAUGCCACCCUCUGGUGCCCACACCUUGCCUCCAAACACACAGACUUCAGGAAUCUGGCCUGCCCAUUCCCAGCAGCCGCUCUUCUCCCUGGCCAACAUGCUGUCUCUGGCCAUGACCAUGGCACAGUCCUUCAUACCCCCAACAACCAUGCCAAACGGCCUGCCCCAGGCUUACAUGCCCCCACUGACACACCAGUCUGGUUACCCAGCCAUGUUUGCAGCCCAGCAUCUUGCACCAGGCCAGAGAGAAGCUCCACCUCACCAAGAUAUGUCCCAGCACCAGGAGGCCCAGGCAGCAGCUCAGGCUCAGAGGUCGACCACCACCACUCCAGAUGUUACAGUACCACCAGGGGCAGGCAGCCAGCUUGGAGUGAGCUCUCAGGAGGGGCAGGAAAAGAGCUCUUCCUCUUCCUCCUCAUUAUCUUUAUCAUCCUCUUCACCAUUCUGCAACUCCACUGGGUCCUUCAGCCCAGCCACACCACAGAACACAGUAUCUCCACCCAGCCCCAGAAUGUCAUCGUCUCAGAAUGUGUGUGAUGCUACAGCUAAAGAAAAGCUGUCUCCUAUAUCAGAGGAGCAAAAACCCGCCCUCACUGUGGGACGCUUCCAGGUUACACCCAGCAAAGACGAGGCCACGCCCACAACCUGCCCUGCUCGCUCCCCGACACCGCCUCCAGCUUCAGCCCCUUUAAACAACAGCCAAUCAGAGAGCAGCACUGAAGAGCAGUGCGAAUCAGAGACCAGCCUCAGCACGGUGUCCACGUCUCCUCCUAACAAACCCUCGGACAGGGACUCCAGCGUCGCCCCCUGCUGCAGUGGAGAAACAGCGACCUCAGAUUGUAAAGAGGGGAACGCUGAGGAACAGAAGGAGGCGGAAGGAGGUGAAGAGGAAGGUGGGAGGAGGCAGAGGAGGAUCAGCGUGAGCCUCGUGGAAGGAACAACGCCGGGGAUAGUGAUCGGAAACGUGAGUCAGCCGUGGAUUAGCUACACGCGUAGUGCAUCGUACGCCAGCAGCGAUGAGACCGAGAGCGACAGUGAGGACAUGUGGGAGGAGCUACAGGAACUCAGAGAGAGACACCUGGGUGAGGUUCAGGCUCUGCAGGCAUCUCAGAAGCGUGAGAUUGAGGAGCUGUAUGAGAAGAUAGGGAAAGUUCCUCCUCCAGGCAUCGUGUCUCCGGCGGCCAUGUUGUCCAGCAGACAGCGACGUCUCUCUAAGAGCGGAGGAUUUCCAUCAUCACGCAGGAACAGUCUACAGAGACUCGAUAUACUGCCCCCUACAGGUAUCAUGAGAAAGAACUCAAUCAGUAGCAGCAGUAACGGCUCUCAGGAGCGAGGAGCUAAAGGAGUGACCUUCGCUUCAGACUACAAAGUGUGAUCAUCUUCUCUCAAUCCCCAAUAAUCUUUCCUGACCACAUCAGCUGACAGGAAGUGACAUCACGGCCUUGUCUCACGGAGUCCUAACUUCGCUCCUGGUGGAUAAAAA